GCCUUGACUUAGUGGAAAAUAUGCAUUAAAGCUUAAAAGUUUGUGCUGCAGCAUCUCAAGAAGUAUUCGACCAUGAGUUACGAAAUUUAAGAAAAGUGUUUUUCAGCAAGUAUUUUUUUUUUUGCAUCUGGGGUUUUAUUCGUGAUUUACACCCUCCACACCACCCUCUUGCUUACACUUUCUUUUAUCUUGUGUUUCUUGAUGUUUGUAGCAUCCGUAUCACCCAACGAUCCUUUAAACCCAAAACGCAAGGUAAUAUUAAAGUCAACAUAUAAUAUGUAACCGUAAAGGGGCAGGAAGUUGAGGCACCAGUGUCCCCAGCACACAAAAUUAGUUAUUUCUAUAUGUCAGAAGUAUUCAUUUCCGACAUAGAACCACUGACAACCCGAUCUUUUCUCCUUUCAGACGAUGCUUUUAGCAGUUAGAAGGGCAACAUUUUGUCUUUAUUCUACUGUUUUUCUGUGCAUUAUGGUAGUAUUGCUGUACUACUGUUUCUUCAAGUUACAACUUAUACAUAACGAACAGACGGACAAAGGCGUACCGCAGAGGAAAAUAAUUUCAAAUGUGGUUUCGUCAAAUCAAAAGAAAGAGGAAACGAAUUUUCAUCAUCAACAUGAUAUGGAUGCCUAUUCAACAAGUUUUGACGGAAAGCAGUGGAAGAGCAUGAACCUGCGGAAGGAAGCUAGUGAAAUACCUUCACAAUUUAUAGACCCAGUACUCCACUUUGACAUUCCAAGUAUUGAGAACAACUAUUUAAUUCUGUUUUGGGAGUCUCCAGAUUGGUUUAAAAAUUGGUCCCUAUCUUCGGACAUAAAUCAGUGUCGCAAAUACUCUAACUGUAAACAAUCGUUCGACCGUUCACUGUUCAAUCUCAGCCGGGCGGUAGUUUUUAAUUUGCCACAUAGCGGUAUCGCCCGAAGCCCACCUGUGGUGGCAGACCUCAGAAAUCCAAACCAAGUCUGGGUGUUUUUUACGUUAGAAUCUCCUUUGCAUUUAAAUCCGAUUUAUAAAAGUCCAGAGUGGCACAAUGUGUUUAACUGGUCCUGGACUUAUCACCCGAAUGCGGAUGUAUUUCAUCCCUAUGGUGUUCUAAUCAAAAAGCAAAAGCUACCGCACAGAAACUAUUCUGGUAUUUUUAAAAAGAAAACUAAGUUUGCCGCAUGGCUAGUAAGCAAUUGCAAUGCUCCAAGCAGCAGAACUGACUACGUAAAUAUUUUAAAACGCUAUGUCGACGUGGAUGUAUUCGGCCGAUGUGGACAACAGGCUCCUGAAAAUAUAGAAAGUGUUAUAAGUGAAAAGUACAAGUUCUAUCUUGGUUUCGAAAAUUCUCUCUGUGAGAAUUACAUGACUGAAAAGGUAUUCCAUUAUUAUAAAUUAGAUGUUAUUACAGUUCUUAGAGGAAACACUAAGUAUCAGGAUUAUCUUCCAAGCGGUUCCUUUAUAGAUACAGCAAACUUUUCCUCUUUUGCAGCACUUGCUCAGUACAUGAAGGACCUUGGAGAAAAUGAAGAGAAAUACGUUAGCUUUUUAAAAGUCAAAGACAAGUUUACAGUAUUUGAACGAGAAUUUCUUUACAAGAAUGCUUUAUGCAAUCUUUGUGAAAAAAUAAACAACAUGGAUCAGAAUAGACGGACAUAUGGAGAUAUAUUCAAAUGGCUAGGAGAGUGCCAUGGCGCUAGAGAUUUGAAAGAAAGCUCUUACGUUUGAGAAUUCCGAAAAUGUUAGAACUAAACAAGUUUACAGACAUAUUUGAAAAAAAAAACGUCUGUAUUGUGUGGUGUAUAUUUCUGCCACGAGAUAGUUUUGUAGCUAUCGUGGUACUUUAAAAUAUUAUCUUGAUAAAGAUAAUCUUGGUAGUAAAUAUUAUUGCGAUAAUUUACAUAUUAUAAUCAUCUCGAUACUUUUUUGGUAAGUGCCUACUCCAGAAACGUUUACGGGCCUCGCAAUGUCGUGUUAGAUUACGUAGAUAUAGACUAAGACAUAUUUUCGCGAGAAAUCAAAAUAUGAUCACAAUAAGUCAAUACAAUUACUGAAAUAUUGCAUUCAAUUUACAAAAAUCAAUAUUUUUUCUUGAGAUCCACGUAAACUAUAAGGAUAUCUCGACAUAUUAUGACGAUAUAAAACGACACUUCCUUGAUUUACUACUUACAUGUAAUUUUUAUUCACUAGUAUUUACAUUUCUAUUCAAACAAUUACAAAUUCAGUUCGAAGACAGUUAGCAGGGGCAUAGAAAAAGUGCUUGGUGUCGAUUCAGUAAGUAGGCGCGGAGCUUAAAAUUUAGUCUCUUUAAACAAUGAACAUGAAACACAACAAAAACGUACCUUUAGAAAAGAUUCACUGUGUAUAUUCAUUAUACUAAGGCAACACAUUUUCACUCGGUAGAUCAUAACUUUCAAUUAUUUGACCGGCAGAGCUGCUAGUAGUAGCAAGAUUUAAGAGUUUUCCUGGUUUAUGACAAUUUCUGCGUGCCUUAAUGCUACCCGUUGACAGAAAAUCAAAAUAUGAUCACAAUAAGUCAAUAAAUAUAACUAAAAUAUUGUAUUAAUUUUACAAAAAUCAAUCCUUUUUUCUCGAGAUCCACGUAAGCUAUAAUAUGGUGAUUGAUUUCUGCCAUUUCGUGUGUUCGUAUCAGAGAGGCGAAAUGUCGAAGUAACGAAAACA